CGCCCCGGCGCCGGCCCGCCCCACGCCCCACGACCCACGACCGCCAUUUGCGGCCUCGCCCGCGCCACACGACUUAACUAAUCCGACAAGAGCCUCCCGAUCAGCGGUGCAGAGCAAUAUACUACAGCUCCAAGAACUCACUCUCUUUCCGUUGUUAACCCACGACCUUUUUUUUUGAGACAAGUUAACCCACGACCUCAAUCCUCCCCUAAUCCAACCAGCGAGCACGAACCAGCGAGCACGACUAUUAAUCGCGCCCAUGUUGCACCGGGCCUUCUUCUAAAAUCCGGUUCCCCUGCCACCACUGCCACUGCCACGCCAAUUCUUUUUCCUCGGCCCGCGCGCCCGCCCGCCCGGGAUGCUCUCCUCCAUGCCGAGGUGAGCACCGCUGGCCACCCCACUCGGCGGCCAUGCGCGCCCUCCCUCGCCGCCUCAAUAAGAUCCUUCUUUUGCGCGGCUCCAUUCUUUUACUACUGUUUGACUGCAAUAGUGUAGUAUUUAGUACGUUCCGCGAUUCGGGUUCCAUGAGCUGGGAUUCUCCGCCGUGCAGAUCCGGGUCCUUCGAGGCGGGGCUCAGGGCGUCCUCCUCCUCGUCCGUUACGCUCUCCUCCACCCCCAACCCCAAGCCCUCCCCUCGGUUCCACCGCAGCCGCUCCACCGCCGGCGCCUCCAAGGCGCCCCCCUCCCCGGAGAAACGUCGCGGCAUCACCGGCGGCGGAGGCGCGAUGCCGACGCCCACGCCGGCGCAGCAGCGGGUGGCGCAGCUGGAGGAGGAGCUCAAGAAAGAGCGGGGUGACAAGGAUCGGGUGGUGCAGCUCGAGGAGGAGCUGAGGAGCGAGCGGGAGGACAAGGCGCGGGCGGUGGAGGAGCUCGACCAGCUCAGGAGGAGGGAUGGCGGCGCGGAGAAGGCGCGGGUUUUGGAGCGGGAGGUGGAGAGGGCCAAGGAGUCGGAGCGCAAGAUGCUCGAGUCCCUCAUAUACCAGACCAAGCAGCUGGAGCAGACCAAGAUCAGCCUGGAGGAGGCCAAGCUGGAGAUGGCCGCGCUGCAGCAGAGCAACCGGAGCCUCGAGGCCCGGCGCGGCGUCAUGGACCAGCGGAGCGUCAAGGACCUCAUGUUCGGCGGCGCGGACGACGAGAUCAGGGCCCUGCGCGGUGAGCUCCGGGCGGCCAUGCAGGGGGAGGAGCGGAGCCAGAAGGCGCUGGACGACCUUUCCCUCGCGCUCUCCGACGUCACCAUGGAGGCCAAGCAGGUCAAGCGCUGGCUCUCCGACACGCAGGCCGAGCUGGAGGCCGCCAAUGCCGAGGCCGCGCGGCUGCGCGGGGAGCUGGCCGCCGCCGAGACGCGGCUGCGGGAGCAGCACCGCUGCAGGAUCGAGGCCGAGGAGUCGGCGGGCGCGUGGGGCGACAAGGAGCGCGUGUUCCUCGACUGCGUGCGCGCCGCCGAGGAGGAGGUGAACCUGGCGCGCCAGGAGAACACCAAGCUGCUGGAGUCGCAGCGCGUGAUCCGCGACGAGAAUGCCCGCCUCCGCGACAUCCUCAAGCAGGCCGUCGGCGAGGCCAACAUCGUCAAAGAAUCCCUCGAGCUUGCCCGGGCCGAGAACGCGCGGCUCAACGACGUGGUCGCCGAGAAGGAGAGCGCGUUGCAGAGCCUCCGGCAGGAGUACGAGUGCAUCAAGGUCAGCGAGGCCGCCGCGCAGGGCAGCCUCAAGGAGCUCAACAGCCUGCUCGCUGCCACGACGACGACGGCGUGCGGCACCCCCGUGUCGGCGGCCACGACCGCGCCCGCGGCGCCGGAGUGCGGCUUCGACCAGCAGCACCUGCCCAACGGGCGCCUCGUCGCCAGCGCCAAGGGGACGCCGGAGACGGCGUCGCGGCGCUGGAUGACGGAGAAGCCCAGGACACCGGGCGGGCGGAGCUACUCGAUCGGCGAGCCGGGCAAGUUCAAGGGCGUGGGCUACUCGCAGUCGGCGAGGAUGGGGAGCCUGAACCCCAAGGACCGGAUGUUCGCGUCGCUCAGCAACAUGGCCGACCUCAAGUCGGCCGCGGCGGACGCGGCCAUGGACGACUACGACGACGACGACGAGUUCGACCACAUCGCCGAGAGCCACUACGUGGGCAUGGAGCACUCCAUGAGCGGCAAGAAGAAGCGGCCGAUCCUUCGCAAGUUCGGGGAUCUCUUCAGGCGGAAAAGCUUCUACAAGGCGAAUUUGGCGCCAGUGCACACUUGAAUUUGAUCGCCCCAUUGUAAUGUAAUGCAUCAUGUAGUUUUGAUUUGUUCAUUUAAAUACUUACACGACCAAUGAGAUGUUCUUGCAUCUA